AUGCCCUUCGGCCUUACCAAUGCACCAGCCACCUUUCAACAUUUCAUUAAUGAUUGCGUCCGUGAUUACCUUGAUAUGUUCUGUACAGCCUACCUUGACGAUAUCCUUAUUUACAGCGACACCUUCGAAGAACAUCAAGUACACGUCGAAAAGGUCCUGGAAGCCCUACAAAGAAAUGGAGUACUGCUGAAACCGGAGAAAUGCGAAUUUCAUACACAAAGUACCACCUAUCUCGGCCUUAUUAUCGAACCCAAUGGUAUUAAAAUGGACCCAAGGAAAGUGGAGACGGUGAAGAAUUGGACCGUCCCCAAAACAGUUAAGGAUGACAUAUCAUUUGGAUGGACAUCCGAAGCCCAAACCGCCUUCAACGCCCUGAAAGAAGCCUUUACCACGGCGCCCAUUCUUACUCAUUUCGACCCGGAGAAGGAAAGUACUGUGGAAACCGACGCAUCUGACUAUAUCUCCGCCAGUAAAAAGCACUCCCCCGCCGAAUGCAACUACGAGAUUUACGACAAGGAAUUACUGGCAAUCAUUCGGUCUUUUGAGGAGUGGCGACCGGAACUUGAAGGGGCUGCAUACCCAAUCGCCGUGAUAUCCGAUCAUAAGAAUCUCGAAUACUUUAUGAGUACCAAACAACUCAACCGGAGACAAGCACGGUGGGCAAAAUACCUGUCACAGUUUAAUUUUGUUAUCAAAUACCGACGAGGGAAACAAGGAGGGAAACCGGACGCGUUGACAAGAAGAUCAGGAGAUCUCCCUGGAGAGGGGGAUGAAAGACAAUUGCAUCAGAGUCAAGUUGUGUUGAAGAAGGAGAAUCUCGAUGCAAAGCUAAGUUUGUUGGCGGGCUCUUUCUCAAAUGAGCCCGCUGAAAAGAACGCCUCACUGCAGGAAUUAUUCGAUGAAGGAUAUAGCGCUGACCCGUUUCCCCAAAAGAUACUGGAUAUGCGGAAUAAAGGCGAACGACAAUCAAAGGACAUAUCACUCGCCGAAUGCACCGAGGUUGAAGGCCGAUUGCUUUACCGAGACAGCAUAUAUGUCCCUAAUUACGAUCCUCUUAAGCUCCGAAUCCUUCAACUUUACCAUGACGCCGCCUCUGCUGGACACCCGGGACACGAAAAAACAUUCGAACUCGUCAGUCGGGACUACUACUGGCCCCUUAUCAAACCCAAUACCCAUGGAAAACUCGGCAUACUUCGACCUUUACCGAUUCCCGAACAACCAUGGCAGGAGGUAUCGAUGGACUUCGUUACGGGCCUACAGGAGAGUGAAGGGUACGAUGCAAUUAUGAUAGUGGUUGACUGGCUAACAAAGAUGCGACAUCUCCUGCCCUGCAAUACUACUGUCAACUCCGAAGACGUCGCCCGACUAUACCUGCGAAACAUAUGGAAGCUCCACGGGCUACCCACACACGUCACCUCCGACCGCGGUACGCAAUUUACAGCUAAGUUUUGGAAGACUCUUUUUAAACACCUCAACAUCGAAGCAAGGAUGUCCACCGCCUUCCACCCGGAGACCGACGGCCAAACCGAAAGGCUGAAUGCUGUAAUGGAGCAAUAUCUACGUGGGUAUGUCUCUUAUCAACAGGACGAUUGGGUAAAAUGGCUUCCUAUGGCAGAAUUCUCCGCCAACAAUCAGGUCUCCACAUCCACUAAAGCCACAGCAUUCUUCACGAACUAUGGCUUCCACCCCCGGUUUACAGUAACGAUUAAACCGCUUGACAUGACCCCAACAAGCAUCAAUGCUAAGGAUUUCGCCUCGAAGAUGAGAGAACUCCAUGAGCACCUACGUUCCAAUAUCCGCACAGCGCAGGAUCAACAAGAGCAGGCCGUCAAUACUAAACGAACGCCGGCUCCACGGUACGAUGUCGGUGAUAUGGUGUUUGUUUCAGCAAAAAACAUCCGAACCACGCGUAACUCCCGGAAGCUGGACUGGAAGAAACUGGGACCGUUCCCCGUUAAGGAAAUUAUAUCGCCAUAUGCGUAUCGAGUCGACCUGCCUAAAAGUAUGAAGAUGCACCCCGUCUUCCAUGUAUCAUUGCUGGACCCCGCUGCGAAUGAUCCUGUCCCGGAGCAAAUUCAACCACCACCCCCGCCCAUUAUCGUCGAACAAGAGGAGGAGUAUGCAGUUGAGGAAAUCUUGGACUCGCGAGAAUUACGGAACACUGGCCUGCAAUACUUUGUUAAGUGGACAGGCUAUACCGACCCUAUCUGGGAACCCGCCGCAUACCACGAUAAUACCGCCGCCGUUGAUAUCUUCCACAUACGCUACCCCGACAAACCUGGACCAUUGGAAGGAAAGAUUAAAGUUAAGGCUCGCAGGAGCUCGCGCUUGAAGGGAGGGGCUACCUUCAUGGAUCGAUUAGUGGAGGUACGGGGUUAUGAAGAGUCGGAUUAG